AUGGCAGAAAAGGCUCCACCUGGCUUGAACAGGAAGACGUCCAGGUCGACACUUUCUCUUCCUCCAGAACCUGUGGACAUUAUCCGAAGCAAAACGUGCUCUCGGAGAGUGAAGAUCAACGUGGGGGGCCUUAACCACGAAGUCCUGUGGAGAACUCUGGAUAGGCUCCCCAGGACACGCUUGGGGAAGCUCCGGGACUGUAACACGCACGAGAGCCUCCUGGAGGUUUGCGAUGACUACAAUCUGAACGAGAAUGAGUAUUUCUUCGAUCGACAUCCCGGAGCUUUCACAUCGAUUCUAAACUUCUACCGGACAGGGAAGCUCCACAUGAUGGAAGAAAUGUGUGCGCUCUCUUUUGGCCAAGAGCUUGAUUACUGGGGCAUCGAUGAGAUUUACCUGGAAUCCUGCUGCCAAGCCAGAUACCAUCAGAAGAAAGAGCAGAUGAACGAAGAACUGAGGCGGGAGGCAGAGACCAUGCGCGAGCGGGAGGGAGAGGAGUUUGAUAACACCUGCUGCCCCGAGAAAAGGAAGAAACUUUGGGACUUGCUGGAGAAACCGAAUUCAUCGGUGGCUGCAAAGAUCCUGGCCAUCGUGUCCAUCCUCUUCAUCGUGCUCUCCACCAUCGCUCUGUCUCUCAACACACUCCCGGAGCUGCAGGAAAACGACGAGUUUGGACAGCCCAGCGACAACCGCAAGCUGGCACACGUCGAGGCCGUGUGCAUUGCCUGGUUUACCAUGGAGUACCUGUUACGAUUCCUGUCCUCGCCAAACAAAUGGAAAUUCUUCAAAGGCCCACUGAAUGUCAUUGACCUGCUGGCCAUCUUACCGUAUUAUGUCACCAUCUUCCUCACCGAGUCCAACAAAAGUGUGCUGCAGUUCCAGAACGUGAGGCGUGUGGUCCAGAUCUUCAGAAUCAUGCGCAUCCUCCGGAUCCUGAAACUCGCCAGACACUCGACUGGACUGCAGUCUCUGGGCUUCACCCUCAGACGGAGUUACAAUGAGCUGGGCUUAUUAAUAUUAUUUCUAGCUAUGGGAAUAAUGAUAUUUUCCAGCUUGGUGUUUUUUGCUGAGAAAGAUGAAGAUGCUACCAAAUUCACCAGUAUCCCUGCAUCAUUUUGGUGGGCCACCAUCACCAUGACCACUGUGGGCUAUGGUGACAUCUACCCUAAAACACUGUUAGGGAAAAUUGUGGGUGGCCUCUGCUGUAUUGCAGGAGUCCUGGUUAUUGCCCUUCCUAUACCCAUCAUUGUAAACAAUUUCUCUGAGUUCUACAAGGAGCAAAAACGCCAGGAGAAAGCUAUUAAAAGGAGAGAGGCUCUUGAAAGAGCCAAAAGGAAUGGCAGCAUUGUUUCUAUGAACUUAAAGGAUGCCUUUGCUCGAAGUAUGGAACUGAUAGACGUGGCGGUGGAGAAGGCCGGAGAGUCGGCCAAUACCAAGGACUCCGUGGAUGAUAAUCACCUGUCUCCGAGCCGGUGGAAGUGGGCCAGGAAGGCUCUGUCGGAAACAAGCUCCAAUAAGUCCUAUGAGAAUAAGUACCAGGAGGUUAGCCAAAAAGACUCCCACGAACAGCUGAACAACACUUCUUCCUCCAGCCCACAGCAUCUGAGUGCCCAGAAGCUGGAGAUGCUAUACAAUGAAAUCACCAAGACACAGCCUCAUUCCCACCCAAACCCGGACUGCCAAGAACAGCCCGAGAGGCAAUCUGCAUACGAGGAGGAGAUAGAGAUGGAAGAGGUGGUCUGCCCACAGGAGCAGCUGGCUGUGGCACACACCGAGGUCAUCGUGGACAUGAAGAGCACCUCCAGCAUCGACAGCUUCACCAGCUGUGCCACCGACUUCACUGAGACUGAGAGGUCACCCCUGCCACCCCCCUCUGCCUCUCACUUGCAGAUGAAGUUCCCCACUGACCUCCCAGGGACAGACGAGCACCAAAGAGUCAGGGCGUUUCCAUUUCUAACACUAAGCAGAGAUAAGGGGCCCGCUGCCAGGGAGGCCACACUGGAUUAUGCCCCGAUUGACAUAACUGUGAACCUCGAUGCUGGGACGUCACAUAGUCCUUUGCAAUCUGACAGUGCCACCGACAGCCCUAAGAGCUCACUGAAAGGGAGCAACCCCCUCAAGUCCAGAUCCCUCAAAGUGAACUUUCAGGAAAACAGAGGCAGUGCACCCCAGACCCCACCCAGCACAGCCAGGCCACUGCCAGUAACCACAGCUGACUUUCCACUCACGACCCCUCAGCACAUCAGUACUAUCCUUCUAGAAGAAUCCCUGCCCCAGGGAGAGAGACCCUUGCUGGGUGCUGAUGCUUCUGCACACUGUCAGGGACUUUCCAAAGGGCUAUCCCCUCGGUUUCCCAAGCAAAAACUGUUUACUUUCUCUCCUAGAGAAAGGAGAAGCUUCACCGAGAUAGACACUGGAGAAGACGAAGACUUCUUGGACCUCCAAAAGUCAAGACCAGACAAGCAAACUGACUCCAGUCCCAACUGCUUAGCAAAUGAGCCUGGUGAUGCCAGAGACCCAUUAGGAGAAGAGGGCUGUGUGGGCUCCUCCUCCCCUCUGAACACAGACCACAACUGUAGGCAAGACAAUUACCAGGCUGUGGGUGAAGUCAAAAAGGACAGUAGUCAAGAAGGGUACAAGAUGGAAAACCACUUGUUUGCCCCAGAAAUUCAUUCCAACCCAGGAGACCCGGGUUACUGUCCCACUCGUGAGACCAGCAUGUGA